CUGAGCAUAUGAUCCAUACAUGUUGGCUCCACUUGUUCUGUGAUGAUUCAAGUGCUGCCACCUGCUGUAUCAUUUCCAUUUCCUAACAUCGUUUGGUGUCUGAGUCGGAAGUUAAACACUCUUCUUACUGACACUGACUGAAAAAAAAACACUGAUUUCAGAAAACCAUCUGGAAACCAUUCAUAUUCUUUUAAUUAAAUAAUUUCAUGCCAUUUCCUGCCUUCAUAUUUCAUCCGGAACGGUUGCGAACGUUUCCCGUCGGACUCUUUUCUGCGUCGCACAAAACAAUGUCCACAAGGUGAGGAGCUGGAAGAUGAGUCUCAGCUCAGCCGGCUGGAGAUGUGUUGACGUUUUGUGGGCUUUUCUGGCUUUAUGUUUCCUUUUAGCCUUCUGCGCUCACAAAAUCUCACCGUACCUGCCGAGAAAAUAUGAGACGUGCGGCCUGUACGUGUUGUUUCAGGAUCUUAUCCGGUACGGAAAAACAAAACAGAGCCUGAAGCGAGACGACUGGCUGCGUGUGUUUGACGUCCCUAAAAGGUGGUUCUGGCACUUCUACGCCAUCUCUGUCGGAUGGAACAGUCUUCUCCUUACCUUGUACCUGAACUUCACAUUUCAGCAUCAGUCGUUCCCAUUAUGGCUGACUGGAAUAUUAGACUUUUUGACAGGUGUACCAACCACUAAGAAUCAAGCCCCACAGCUGUCUACUCUGCUGGUGCAGCUACUGUUCUGCAUCCACUCCCUCAGGAGGCUGAUGGAGUGCCUGUUUGUCAGUGUUUUCUCCGAUGGGAAGAUACACUUGGUGCAGUAUGUGUUCGGUCUGGGGUAUUACCUCAUACUGGGGUUGACGGUGCUCUGCUCAGAUCGUCUGGGAAAAGGGACUGGACCUCUCCUCUCUCAGCUGGACUGGUUUCAUGUGGCAGGGAUCGCACUUUUCCUUGGGGCCUCGCUGAUGCAGCAUCAAUCCAUGGUCCUGCUGGCCAGGCUCCGCACUGGGAAAUCAGGAGCAGUGGAGACGCUGGCUCACCGAGUGCCAAAUGGAGGCUGGUUCGAGCUGGUGUCAUGCCCACAUUACUUUGCCGAGCUGCUGAUCUACAUCUCACUGAGCCUGGUUCUGGGAGGACAGUCUCUCACCUGGUGGCUUGUUGUCCUUUAUGUUUUUUUCAAUCAGGCGCUUGCAGCACAGCUUUGUCAUGAUCUCUAUACAAGCAAAUAUGAGUCAUACCCGAGGCACAGAAAAGCUUUCAUACCAUUUGUGCUGUGAAUAGUUUGUGUUUACGUUCUUUACUGGGAACUGUAACGUCAGAGAAAAUGUAAAGAGAUGGCUGUUUAACUGAAAGUGUGAGACUGAAAACCUUGACAUUGAUUGACAAGGUGCUCUAGACCGACUGAAGCUGCUCAGUAGCCAACAGGAAAACAUUUAAGAAAGUUGACAGCUCCAGAAUGGGAAUGUCAGCAAAACUCUCUCCAGGUCAGAGGUGAGCUGUUUCUGAGAAACUAAAAUAAAGUAAGACAGAAAUAAGGAAUAGGGACACAUUCUGUGGUUGCAGCAAUAUACCUGUUUUAAGGUAUAUCAUGCUAUGAAAACUGACCGUCAUCGUCCCCUGUACGUAUAUUGUUACUAAUUGUUACUAUCAUAUCAAGUUUCAUGUCUGUCAGAACAUAAUAUCUAGUUAAAAUACAAGCAUUUGUUCAACCAAAACCACUGUUUUCAUUCCUUGCAUGCUCAUUGUAAGUGGGUUUACAUGUACAUGUUGACAUAAAUGAGUUCUUACCAAGUCAAUUUUGGAGAUCUCUUUUAAUCCACGUAUUACUGUAUGUAAAACAGUAUAAAGACAGUUUAAGUGAGA